UGUAGUAAGAGGACGCAUGCUGUACACACACCUCAGACUCAGGAUGUUGACACUGAUGUGGAUUACGUUUGCGUUGCUUUGUGGUAAAGUUGAUUUCGCACAGACCGUAAAUCAGUCGAACCCUGUGAUCAGUGCUGUUGUUGGUGAUACCGUGACUCUGCACUGCUUUCAACUGAAAGAGGACAACACUGAUUCCAUCAUUUGGUACAAACAAAAAAUAGGACAAAAUCCUCAUGUAAUAGUUCAAGUCCAAAGUAAUCCCAUUUACGAAGAUGGGUUCAAGCCACCAAAAUUCAGCAUCGAGAAAGAAAACAAAGGCUGUCAUUUGAAAAUAGCUAAGGUGGAACCAUCAGAUGAAGCCAUGUAUUACUGUGGAUACGUGACAUUUUUUACAAGCUUUAUAAGUGGAACAUUUUUAUCAGUAAAAGGUGAUAAAGAUGUAAAAGUCUCAGUAUCACAGAGCAGUGUGUUGGACUCGGUUCCUGCAGGAGCGUCAGUGACUCUGCAGUGCUCGGUUCUCUCUGAGAGCAGAGCAGCAGAACUCCAAGUGCUCUGGUUCAGAGCUGCUCCACCACAAUCCCAUCCUCAAAUCAUUUACACUCAUCACAACAGCAGCCAUCAGUGUGAGAGCGGCUCUUCUACACACACCUGUGUCUACAACUUCUCCAAGAACAUCUAUAGUCACAAUGAUACUGGGACUUACUACUGCGCUGUGGCCGCGUGUGGGAAAAUCAUUUUCGGGAAUGGGACACGAGUACAACUGGAAAAAUCCCUGGAUACUUUAAUGAUCUCUCUCAUAGCUUUGGGAGUGUUUGUGUUAAUUGUGCCUAUCUGUGUUUAUGUUGUAAGCUGUAAAGGGAGAAAGUGUGAAUACUGUAGUGGGAGAUCUCAAAAUUCUGUGAUCAAGAAAACAUUAAAUCAGAUCCCUGGAGGUGUGGAGCUGGAUUUUGCUGCUUCACACUUCAAAAAAAGUAAAGGAAAUGAAGAUAAAUCUUAUAAUAAUAUCAUUUCUGAAGUGAUUUACUCUCCUCUCUCUUAAAUCAUACUGUAAAUAUCAGACAUUUUCCGAUGUAAAUUUCAUGCCUUUAUUCCAUUUAGCCUGACUUGAGAUUGGGUGAAUUCUAUUGUAAAUUUACUUAAAUACUGUAGGUCAAGGCUUCA